UGGGAGGAGUCAGCAAACAGGAGCAGCAAACAAGCUCUGACCUCCUUUUUUUUUUUUUUUUUUGAUACAUUUUUUUUGGUAGAAAUUGUUUAAAAUGUUUGCUGCAGCCACUAAAAAUUUUGUGAAACAGGUUGGAGACACGGGGAGACUGAUCCCAGUCCCCAGUCUGAGCGAGGCUGAUCGCUACCAGCCCCUCAGCCUGGUAACCAGGAAGAGGAAGAAGCAUUUCUGGAAGAAGAACAAGUACGCCUCAACCCCUUUCUCACUCAAAGACAUCCUUGUGGGGGAUAAAGAGAUCAUAGCAGGAGUGUCCUCAUAUCAGCUUCUCAACUAUGAGGACAAAUCUGACGUGGCUGUAAACGGCCGAUUAGGGAACCAUAUUAUCAACGAUGUUGGGUUCAACAUCAGUGGGUCAGACUCAGUGGCCGUCAAAGCUUCUUUCGGUAUUGUGACCAAACAUGAGCUGGAGGUGCCUACCUUACUACGUGAACUUAACUCCAGGAAAGUGGACCUGGAUCACUGCCUGGUUCGACAGUCUAAGGACAGCGGACGGACCGUCCUCUGUGUUGUUGUAGAGAGUAUCCGAACUACACGCCAGUGCUCUCUGACUGUCCACGCGGGUAUGAGAGGGACCACCAUGAGGUUUCAGAUCGACGAUGGCAGAAACCCCAAGGGUCGUGACAAAGCCAUCGUUAUCCCAGCUCACACCACCAUUGCCUUCAGCAUCUGCGAGAUUUAUGUCCGACUAGACGGACGUCUUGAUAUUUGUGUAGCUCCAGAGUCUCAGGGUGGAUUUGAGCGGGAACAGAUCAGAGAGCAACUGGGAGGUAUGAUUGGCCGUUUUUCUAUGGGGCGUCUGCGUCGCUUCCUGUCUGGGAUCAUCUAUGGAAACCCCUUCAGAGCAGACGACAGAACAUUCGAGGAGCUCACCCACACCGACACUUACGUGGACGACAUGGUGACCGACUACUACGAGAAGGCUGCCAGCAUGACGGACGUGUCCACCGCCUACCUGAGAGAAAGCUCCCACACGCGGGUCAACCUCCUCAAACAUAACAUCCCGAAAGGUCCCUGUGCGCUGUGCGGCAUGGGCAGCCAGCGGCGGGAAACCGUUUACGGAUGUCUGGAGUGCGCCACGGGGGGUCAUAAAUACGUCCGGCUCCACGUGGUGCCCUGCUUUGAUCUCUGGCACAAAACUUUGAGGUGAAAAAUGGACGUUUUAAAACUUGGACGUAUAGCAUCAAAUCAUUGCGCCAUUACCUUGGAAGAAGCCAAUUAUCCAAAGGGGAAAAUAAAAAGUCAAUGUGACGGUGUUUUCUCACUUUGUGGUGCAUCGUUUUCUGUUGAACUGUGGCAGCAACCCUUUUCAACAUGUUGCUGCGUUUGCACCGCAGCUGUCCGCAGAUUAUUUAUUCAUCAAGGGCUCAUGUAAAGGCCAACAAGGAAACAACGAGAAACGACAGCUUGUGUUUGGCUCUUGUCCAAGUGUAUCAUCACUGUAACAAUUUUGACUCUGUCUAGCAUUAAUUUGUCUUCAUUUCUGGAUAUUUCUUGCUUUGAAGUCUUCUGAUAUGCUCUAAAGUAAUUAAAGGGAAAACCCACUCUACUGCACCACAGGGUUUAUGAACACAACGAAACAAAAGAACGCUUUAAUUGUUGUUUCAAGUUAGCCUGGUGAAAACCAGACCCUUGUCCUUCACUUUGCUUCGUACAGAGGAGCAGAGA